UGCUGCACGUCUCUUCCGUGAAAACAUUUGCUCUGCUGUCAGCUUCAGACCACUCCCUCUCUCAGACUGAACGGAAGAGCAGUCUAGUCUUUUACCCUGUUGCCAUCAGACGUUUCCUUUUUGUAAGACAAUGUCCGCUGACCAGAAUGGCGGACUGCCAACGCGAUUGAGGAGCUACAGUGUGAGCUCACCUGCCCGGUGUGCUUGGAGCUGUUCCAUGACCCGGUGAUCCUCGAGUGCGGACAUCAUUUCUGCCAGGUGUGCAUCAUCCAGUGCUGGGAAGUCAAGGCGGACGAGUUGUCGAGUUGCCCAAAGUGUAGAAAGUCGAGCAACGGCAAACUUCGACCCAACUCGCUUCUGUGCAACGUCGUGGACAGUGUGCGGAGAGCCCGGACCAUGGACACAGCCGCGGGGAUAACCGGGUGGCUCUCGGGACAUUCGCUGGAGGAGCCGGAGGAACGGGAGCCUGGGUCCAGCAUGAGCAGCGUGACCUCAUACUCGUCCAGCGGGCACUGGCCGCGCCUGGGUAUGGAUAUGUGCGAGGAGCAUGAGGAGAAGUUGAAGCUUUACUGUGAGGACGACCAGCUCCCCAUCUGUCUGGUGUGCGGUAUGUCCAGGGACCACAAGACCCACAAUGUCAUCCCCAUUACCGAGGCCUUUGAAAACUACAAGGAUAAGCUGUCUAUCGCUCUGCAGAGGGUUGAGCUACAGACAGAGGAGGCCACGCUCUUUCAAGGCCAGACCAAUGAGAAGAUCCUCCUCAUUAAGGAGCGAGCAGGAGAUCUGGAGGAGAUGGUCACUGCAGAGUUCGGCCGUCUGAGGGAGUUCCUUCUCGAGGAGGAGGAGCGCAUAAAGGGGAAACUGCAGAUGCAGAAAGAGGAGAAGCUCAACCAGCUGGAGGAUGCGCUCACUGAUACCACGGAGCAAAUCAGCCAAAUGGAAAGUAUUGCCGACGAACUUCGCCUCAAACUUACAGAAGAAGAAAACCCGGAGCAACUGAAGGGAAUCAAAGAUUUCAUCGGAGGGGCUGAGAGCUUGUUUGAGCGCCCCCCAGAGGUGGGUGUGGAUCUGCAGUCAGGGGAUUUCCUGGGACCUCUGCAAUACAGGAUCUGGAGGAAAAUGAGCUCCAUUCUUCAGCCAGCGGUCACAGCGGUGACCCUCGACCCGUACACAGCCUACCCCUGCCUGUGGGUGUCCCCGUGUCGCACCAGUGUCCAGGUGGGAAAGAUCCAGCCCAACCUGCCCAACAACCCAGAGCGCUUCACUCUCUACAACAUCGUCCUGGGCGACGAAGCCUUCUCCUCUGGAAGACACUACUGGGAGGUGGAGGUGGGCUCCAAGACAGCAUGGGGUCUGGGUGUGGCCACAGCCUCCGUCAACAGGAAGGAGGAGAUCAGCCUCUGCCCUGAGGAUGGUUUCUGGACCCUGGUGAUGAGGGAUAACUCUGACGGCACCAGCGAGUAUGAGGCAUGCACCGACUCAGAGGACAGCUUGAUAUAUCCCUCCAAACCCCCCAGCAGGGUGGGAGUCUAUUUAGACCACGGUUGUGGUGACGUGGGGUUUUAUGAUGCAGAAAAUAUGAGCCACCUCUUCACCUUCUAUAAUGCAAAAUUCAAAGAGCCUGUGUUCCCGUACUUUAAUCCCUGGCCAAUUAUCAACGGACGCAACCGGGAGCCACUCACCAUAGUUACACCACACUGGGGAUAGAUGUCCUCUUUAUCAGAGGACAGAUUCAGAAUAAAACUGUAGAAGAAGAUUCUGCAGCUAUUGAACUUAGAUGGACUCAUCCCAUGAGCACGCACACAUCUGCCUUGUCAUAAAGACUUUGCUGUAUUAAUGAUGUGGUGAUGGUGAACACACAGGGAACCCUGAAACAUUCUUGUAAGACUUGAAAUAAGAAGAUAAAACUACUAAAGGACGAGACAAACGACACUCUAAAAGGAGACGGUUGAUGAUUGUCUACAAUUGUUUUCAUUGUCAACAAAGCCCAUGAAAAGGCCAAAACAACAAUAAAUGAUCAAACUUACAAGUAGGGAUGCCAAGGUGAGGAAAUUUCCCACUGGUGAAAUAAACUUGUGUCAACACCUGUGUUUUACAAGAAAAGAUAUAUGAUGGACAAUAUAUGUUGAGCACGUACUUUGAUGUGUUAAUGUUGGAUGUCUGUGUGUCUGGUCCCCCGCAGGUUUUCACCUGGCACCACCAAUUCACAGAUUACCUCAUUGACGUUAUCAGGUUCCCUAUUAGCAUUCAGUUUAAAUCCAAAGAAAUUGCUAAAUAGGCACUUAUGCUUUGACACCAAAUCGUCCUCCGUCUUGUCUGUCAACUUUCCGUGAAAUCUGACACCUGCUGCGACUCUGCUGCUCCUGUACGGAGCAGACGCUUUCAGUUUAUAAUUAGCGUUUGUCAACCAACCAAGUAUUGAAAACACACUUUACAAAUUAGAGGGUUUUUUUAAUCUAAUGAAUGUGUGCGCUGAUACGCAAAAAUUAACUAAAUGGGUUUUAUUUAUUUAAAUUUAAAAAUUGGGCGUUGAUCAAUUAAUGUAAUCGGUGUUUGCCCGAACAUCGCAUGACACCGACGACCGCAGCAAGCCUACUAACACAUACUGUCUGUGUAUCCAAAGUCUGAUAUUACAUAGUAUUUCAUAAAAGAAGGUGCAUUUAGGCAGUUCAUUCGACCUCAUGGUUUGGUUUCUGCCCUCAUUCAUGGUCAGCUGUGAGGUCUUACAUAGACGGGUGCAGACCUUUCAGAACCUCGUCCAAUCAAUUAAAUUGACCACAGGUGCGCUCCAGUUAAGUUGUAGAAACAUCUUAAAGAUGAUCAUAGUAUCAUAGCAAAGGCUUUUCAAAUGUCAAUGCGAUAUUUACAUUUUUUUUUCUUUUUAAUACAUUUGCAAAAACGUCUUAAACCCUGUUUUGCAAUUUGUCAUUACAGAGUAUUGAGUUUAGAUUAGUGAAAAAUUAGUUUAAUGACUUUUUCCGUUAACUAGACAUGAUAGGAUUGGGGAUGCGAGCCAAAUAAGAGACUGAGACUGAUUAUUGCAUUGUUGGUUUUGUUCUAGUUGACGAAAAGAAAAACCAAGAAUAUCCACUUUCUAUAAGAUUUUGUAUUUGUUUUUAAUUCAUUAGAAUGAAUGCAGCCAAAGACUUCCCUGUCCAUUUGUUGACCUCUAGAAGCCUAUGAAUUAUCACUUGACUGAUAGCUAAUAAACAUGGAUGUAAAAAUGCAUGAAUAAAAAUAAUCAGCUUUGUAAAUGUUUUAUGAGGAAGAAAAUGAACACUUUUUGUUAGAGCUCAGAUACACACAAUGCAAUUUGGACACUGAAUGUACAAUCACUUGUUUGUUUGAAAGAAUAAUCCACAGCAACUUUAACUGGCCUCUUUAAAAUUGUAUUAACUGAUUUUGCUGCAAUAUUUUACUCUGUGUUCUAACAAUAUAACAUAUUUUUUUUUACUGUUUCAUAGCUGUUCUGUAUCUAAUCCUGGUAUUCUAAUAACAUCCAGUUCAUCUAGGAAAUAUUGUGUACAGUAGAUUCAACACAAGUAAUAAUGACUUCUAUAUGCCUUUACUUUACUAGUUACUUACCUUAUGAAUGUGCCACCACAAGAACAGAAAAUGUAUUUUUAAAAUGCUCACUGUAUGUCAUUGAACAUUGUGACUAGAGAAAACCUUUGGAUUUUAAUAUAUGAUUAAAUUUCCUACUGACGUU